CGCUGCUCGUUCAUUACCACCUCAAGCUUGUCCCUCAUACUUGAUUCUGUGCGCAUCGUCGCGUUCAUAUCUAAGUAGUGUUGCGAUAGAUGCCAUGGAGGCUUCAGCGGACCAAGCUGACGGGGAAGGAGUGCCUGAGCUUCGCUUGCCCUGGUUCAGAGGCCCGACAGACACUCAACCAUUCACGCUAUCCAAAAUGCUCAUGUCCGAUGACCCGAAUGCAUCUCCGUUCAACUGCACGGCUGCAUUCCCAUGGGCGGCCAAUUCAAUUGAAAUCUUGUGGGACGGUGUCGUGACGGACGAGAAAGUGAUCGCGGACUGGAAUACUAUGGUCUCAGAGUUCUCCGGUGCACUGGCUGUGGGCACCACGGGCAAGUUUCAUGUCUUCCCCAAGCAUGGUACUGGCAGGCCGUUCACCUUUAAGCUACCGGACGAAUCCUGGGAAGUCCGAUGCAUAUCAUGGACUCUCAGACCCGAAGCCCCGACGGACCCUUUGCUGGUAGUCGCUGCAUUCAGCGUGAUCAUCGUCGUUCACGUCAAGCGGCGUGAAGUCAUUGGCAAGCUUCGCGGUCAUGGCGGUCCCAUCACUUCUAUAGCCGUCCAACCGCUACACCCGUACCUCUUUUGCACAACGUCAAAGGACUUUUCCACGCGCAUAUACGACUUGACUCUCUCUCCUAUACAGGUACCUAAUAAUCCGCACUGGCCUCCAGGCAAAUCCCCCAGUCUUGCAGGUCCUGCACAUGGGCUGCACAUGACUGAGCCCGAGGGCCAGGGAGUAGGGCGGUGUGUAGUUGUACUUGUCGGCGGGUUAGCGGGCGGCCACCGAGGAGCAGUUUUAUACGCGGCAUUCCACCGGUCAGCGCCUCUCAUCGCUACCUGCGGGAUGGACCGCGCUGUGAAGAUAUGGCGCAUCCCACCGUACAAGCCGGACAUCCUUUCGCGCGAAGACAAGCCUCUGUUCAGCACAGACUACAUCCACAAAGCACGUGUACUUUCUAUCAACUGGCUCAGUGACGACAUCCUGAUCUCCCAUUGUGCACCCGCGUUGAUGCGGAAGACAUAUAAGGAUGAGAUUUACGAGGAGAACGGCACUGUUGUGAUCUGGCAAUGGCUAGGUUUCAAUCGCUUUUUCCCUCCCGGCAAGUUACCAUCGAAAGUCAUGCGAGGAUGCGCCAGUGACUAUCGCAACAGUGAAUCGUUCAAGAUCCUCUCCGCGUACCACCUUCCGAUGGGCGCGCUAAACUUAACCGUGCACAGCUCUCCGACGCACGACCCGAUCAUUCUCGUGCCUAUAGGGAAGCUCAUCCGAAUAUUCAAUACCACGCACUUCAAACCGCGCGAGCCGCCGUCGUUCCCGUUUACGGAGGAAGACGACAUGAUCGCGAGCGCGAAGCGCAUGCGGCUGAGCGAUGAUCGAGAUAGGGAUGCGAGCAACCCGGCUGAGGGCAGCAGCCGUGCUCGCGAUGGAAUUCAAGACGACCCGAACGGCGAUGAUGAACGCGAAGAUGAAAGUAAUGAUGUAGACUACGGAAAGGACGAUGACGACUACGUCGCGCGUCCCUCGGGUCUUGCAGAGCUGUUCACUGCGAUAGAUGGAUGGAACGUGGAUCUGAGCAGAGUGCCGGAGCCGCGGCGCGAAACUUUGCCGGAUAUCACUGCCUGUGAGGUUGCAGCGGGAGGAAGGGCCAUCUUGGGUGUCGGUGCGAAAGGCACAUUGUACGUUUGGCGGCUGGUUGAAUAGUGGGAUGCCGUCUUGUAAUUAUACCUGUUUCCUUGCUCUAUAUCGCGCUUUACGUUUGCUCGGUUUGGGUUCGUUCCCCAUCUCGCACCGGAUUCAUUGCAUGUGCUAGGUACAAUUACAACGCAGAGAAUAAACCAAAGUAGGUAAGAGAUGGAGAAGACAACGUAAGUGAAUUCCGCAAGCCGGGCGGCGAUCGGUAUGAGCUAUGACUGUCCAGCAUAUCGGGCACGGUUGGAGGGCAUGGCUAUCCUUAACUAAAUGUGACAAUUGCUCGCCUAGCAAUUGGCACGCC